GCCGCCCCGCGCAUGCGCAGACUAUAAACCAACACCCCGGGAGUUGAGGCGCCGGUUUGGUGGCGCGUUUUCUAGCGAAGUCCCACGUGAAGGAUAGCGGUGGCCGGAACAGGACACAAACAUGAAAGGCGUACUCAGCACUCCGCUAUGGGGCAGACAUCUGUUCAAAGCUGUCCUAGUGGUCGUAGCGGCCCUUCUCCUCGUCCACUCAGCAGCAGCCCAGUCUCAUCGGGAGUUUUUCUCACCUGGCCAACAGAAGAGGGAGGCCUCAGCUGAUAUUUUGACCCAGAUUGGCCGAUCUCUGAAGGAGACGUUGGAUACCUGGCUGGGACCAGAGACCAUGCAUGUGAUUUCAGAGACUCUGUUGCAGGUGAUGUGGGCCAUCUCAUCAGCCAUCUCUGUGGCCUGCUUUGCCCUGUCUGGGAUUGCUGCCCAGUUGCUGAGUGCCCUGGGACUGGAUGGUGAACAGCUCACCCAGGGCCUGAAGCUCAGCCCUAGCCAAGUCCAGACCCUUCUACUCUGGGGAGCAGCAGCGCUGGUCAUCUACUGGUUUCUGUCUCUGCUCCUAGGCUUGGUCUUGGCCUUGCUAGGGCGGAUCCUGGGAGGUCUGAAGCUUGUCCUCUUUGUGGCUGGCUUUGUGGGCCUGGUGAGGUCAGUGCCUGACCCCUCUACCCGGGCCUUGAUGCUCUUGGCCUUGCUAACUCUCUUUGCCUUGGUGAGUCGGCUUACCGGCUCCAGGAGCUCGGGGAGCCACCUGGAAGCCAAGGUACGAGGGCUGGAGCGCCAGAUAGAGGAGCUUCGAGGGCGGCAGAGGAGAGCAGCCAAGAUACCCAGGAGCAUGGAGGAAGAAUGACAAGGGUGUCCUAAAGUGACACCCUCACCAAACCAAAGAGCUGAGCUGCUUCUGGGUCUCAUGGCCCUCCUUGCAGCCCCUGCCCUUUCCUCGCCUUGUGUCGGAACCCUCCACACCUUUACCCCUGCGCUAGCCCCUAGCUGAGAGAAGACAACCUGUCUUCUGCCAGUGCUCAGUCAAGGGAUGGCUCCCUGCCCUCUCUGCUCCCAGCCUGCCUCCCCCAGGGCAGGUCAGAGGGGCCUCUGCCCUCAGCCCAGGCUUCUGCUCUCAGCCAGCACCACUGCCACUGAUCUCCGUGAAGAGUAACCUGCUGCCGCCUGGCUUCCUUACAAAAGGCCUUCCCAGGCUGAAGCUCCUGUUUGGCCACACCCCCAGCUCUUUUCUUCCUACUCCCAGCUACGCUACCAUCCCAAGUCCCUUGAGGCCCUCUCUGUCUUCCUCAUUGUGCAGCAUUGGGAAGGGGCAGAGAUUCGAGACUGAGGAUAAGGGAGGAGGAAACGGUCCCUGGAGGCCUGCGCAUCAUGUUCUGUUACAAGUGCCUUAACAGGAGUCAACAGUACCCUCCAAUUGUCCCUUGCCACGCUGAAUGUAGGAAGGUGUGCCGUAGCUACUUUGUGUUCAGAGUGACCUGUCCCUUACAGAAUCCCCACUCCAGCAAACAAAGCAAAGGCUGGGGCCCUGCCCGGACUAUCAGAUCUCCCUUGGGGAUUUCAGGGACCUUGAAAAAGGCAGGAGGACCUGCUGUCUUGCAGUUUUACUCCUGUCCACUCUCUGCCAUCCAGGAGCAACCGUGGUCAGUGUUGUAUCCCAGUAGCUGGGAAGGGCAUGGCUUUGCCCUGAUCUGUUCUACAGGGCCAGGAGGGGGGCUGCCGCUAACCCCUCUCCACCAGGGCACUUGCUCACUUUAGGGCCUUGGUGGAGGGAGGUGUCCUGUGCCAGAUCCAGCACAAGAUGUGAAGAAUAAAUGCCUAUUCUUACCAAUAAGGUUUGAUGUGGAAUCACGGCUGCAUUGAUAUAUUUUUAUCAGCGCUUGGUGGUUUUAAAUAAAGUGCAUGCUAUUUUAUUAUCUUCUUCUGAAUAAAAUGUAUUUACUCAAA